AUGGCAUGUGGGAGCGAGAACGGUCCAACUGACCGAGAUACCGACCGCAGCUACCUUUCGGACUUUUUCAUGGGGACAAACCCGGCAGACACCAUCGUAGACGGUUCCCGUCGCGACCGGAUCGCUUACACGGGCGACGUCGACGUGGCCGUCUGCGCCGCCUUCGCCAGUACCUUUGGCAUCACCUUCGUCGACGGUUCACUCGAUCUAAUCGGCUCUUGCCAGGCGACACCGGGCUUCUUCACGCCGACCGCCAAGAUCCAGCAGCCGCCCCCUCUCGUCGCCCUUGGACUCACUGCCGUCGCGCAGAACUAUGAGAUGCGAGGCAAUCUCACUUUCGCGCUGACCUCGGCGCCCAAAGUAGUGAAGAUGCUAGACUGGGCAGACUCGCAGACCCUUGCCAACGGCUUGUUCAACCUUUCUGACGCGUCGUUCGGCGGCGAUUGGAAUUACUACGACCCGACGCAGUCCGGAGUCGUCACAAAGUUCAACGCCGUGACGCCCGGCGUAGAGGUAUCGGCCUACCGGGAGCGACUCGAGCGUCUCCGGGCCGCGAUCAACGAGAACCUCUGGAGUCAAGAGUUGGGCGUCUACGUUAUGUCGGACAAGUUCAGGGACGGCUUCUCGCAGGAGGCGAACGUUCUUGCCAUCCUCGCCGGCGUCCCCGGAACCCACGGCAACUCAUCUUCUUCUUCUUCGUCCCGCCCCGCCUUGUCCAUACUCUCCGCCAUGAAUUCUGGUCUCGCCGCUCCCGCCGGUGCUCUCGCCUUUUUCGUAUCCACCACGGGCGCCGGCUGGGCCAGGAAAGUCAGUCCGUAUGCCGCGGCAUAUCACCUCCGCACCGCGCUCGAGUCGUGCGACGCGUCAUCCACCAUGAUGUUGCUAAAGAAGACAUGGGCGCCGAUGGCGGACCCGACCAAUGCCAAUUAUACGGGAUGCUUCUGGGAGACGCUCGAUCCCGACGGCACGCCCGGGUUGGGCCUGUCGACGUCGCUUUGCCACGGCUGGGCUGCGGGGCCCACGGCCGAGCUAAGCAAGCAUGUCCUCGGCGUCCAGCCCGCGGCCCCCGGGUUUUAA